AUGUUCGUAAAUACUCUUGUCGAAGGAAAAAUCCCAGUAAAAGUGUUAAUUGAUACAACAUCUAAAUAUAAUACUAUUAGCAAACACUUAUUCGAUAAGCUUGAAUCUGAUCAUGGAUUAGAAGGUAUAGUUGGUGAUGAUCUGAUAGGCAAAGAAAUAAAAGGUUUAGAUUUACAGUUUCACAUUAAAAGAAAGUGGCAGAGUUUAGAUGAUACUGAACUAAUAGACUUUCAAAUUUACAAAAAUCCAUCAUUCGAUCUGUUAUUCGAUGAAGAUUUUAACAAAGCCAGCUCUACUAAAAAUAAUUUAUCUAAAUCAACGGAAUCUAAACCUGGUCUAGCUCAAGAGGAGAGUAAGAAUAAUGUCAAAUAUUCCACAGAUGCUUCUUCUAAUUCAGACACUUCAGAGAGCGAUUCAAGUAAUUCUUCCACAUCUAGUUCAGAAAUAGAAGUUACACAUGCGCAUAAGACUAGAGCAGUAAAGAAAUGCCCUAUUCUAAAGCGUAAAAUAUCUUCGAUCAAUGUUUCAGAAAUUGCACCAUUUUUGGCCUUUGUGUUAAUAAUGAUGUUCGCUGAGAAAAUUCCUGUCCAUCUGAUUUUCGUUGCCAUGUGCUCUGUUACAUAUGUCGUCAGACAGCAACUUACUGCAGAACUCGACGCAUGUAUGAAAAGAUUAACCACGGAUCUUACAUCACGAGAAGCCACAAUUGUGGUUGAGGGACAGAGAAUCCUGACAAUAGUAAAUACUGUGAUUGAAACUAUUAAUGAAAUCACCACCAAUUAUGAAUCCCUUCGUGACCAGUUGGACCAAAUAACUGAGACGGGUUCUGUGGCACCAUUAAUAUCUGAACAAUUUGCUGGCCCAUCCGUAUCUACAUCCAAAUUUUCUCAAAGAUCUUCUGGUUCUUCUCUGGGUUCUUCUAGUGGCUCAAGUCAAUUAUCUUUUUCCGAUAUUACCUCAACAACAAGAAACCACUUUAAAAUUCUUUUUGAUAAGAUUAUGAUAGACAAUAAUUAUUCUUUAGACGAUAUGUGUAAUAUGGUGUCUGUUGAGAUUCAUAGUCUCGGGAUAGGAAAGAUUGGUAAGGAAACUAUAAAAAAUUUUUAUUAUAAUAAUGGUGAUUUUAGAGGUAGUACUUUAAAUAAAAUAGGUGCUUGGAUCGAUAGCAAAAAUAAUUUUAACUUAGCUAAUAAUACGGAGUAG